GGAUUGUAGACAGUUCCACCCCAGACCGCUGCGCGAGCGUGCGUCGUUCCGUACACCACGGACGAGCAGUUGUGUCCGCACGAUCCUGUCCAAUUAGUGUUCUCGCGAGAAACGAGUUAAGUGGCCGGUCUGACUAGUGAAGUACUCGACAUUUGCGGCAAUACCGAUGAACUAAUGUGCGCCGCCGGUGUGAUGUAUUCGUGCAAUUUUAGUGCUAGCUGAUGGAAUAUAAUACUAUGUAAUAAGUGAAGUUUGUGAAAACAAAACAAUGUGUUCGGCGUGGUUAAUGAGCAUCAUUUUGGUGCUAAGUGCUGUUUUAUCAGCUUUCUGUGCAUCAUUAUCGGCAACCACGGGAGCUCGUUAUCAAGCUCCUGAUGAAUGCCGGUGGACUACAGACGACGAAGGCGCAGGAGUUGCCUUGCAAUGCAGAUUAAGAACGAUAAAUAGUGAACUAGAAAAUACAAACUUUAGUGCAAUACAACCGCAUCUUACAGUAAGAUUGCGACUAGAAUGCAGUGAUGCUCUAUUCUUUCAAAGCUCGCUUUCCCCGGGGAGUUUUCGACAGUUGAUAGAGCUUCGAGAAUUAACUAUUGAGUACUGUAAAAUAGGCAAUCUUUCUGACGGAGCAUUCACGGGGCUACGCGAACUUAAAAAUUUAACUAUACGAACACAUAAUACAGAUUGGUCCAGUAUGUCACUUGAAAUUACUUCAACCGCAUUCUCUAGAGAUGUGCAAAAUUUAGAAAGAUUGGAUCUAAGUGAAAACAAUAUGUUGGUGUUUCCUGAUGGAGCACUUUGUACACUGAGAAACCUUGAAUAUCUAAAUAUGACAGGAAACAGAAUGAGAGAUAUAAGUCAUUUUCAAUUCUCAUCUGCGCAUCGUCAUCCCUCUGAAAAAUGUGGAGAUAAUUUAUUAGUAUUAGAUCUCUCUAGAAAUAUUAUAGAUACCUUACCACCAAAUUUAUUAUCAGGACUAAGAAGAUUGCAAAAACUAUAUUUUCAAGGAAAUAGUUUAAAUUCUAUUGCAGACAGAGCCUUGGAAGGUCUCACUUCACUAACAACUAUAAGAUUUUCGGACAAUCAAUUAACAAGUUUACCCCCAGAGCUAUUUAGUGAUACAAAAGAUCUGAAAGAAAUAUAUUUAAAUAAUAAUACAAUCACAGUUUUAGCACCCGGAUUAUUUAGCGACUUAUUUCAACUUCUUGUUUUGGAUUUGUCGUGGAAUGAAUUAUCAUCAGAUUGGAUAAAUACUUCUACGUUUACUGGCUUAAAACGAUUAGUUUACUUAGAUUUUUCACAUAAUCGUGUGUCGAAAAUGGAAAUUGCAUUGUUCAGAGAUUUACAUAAUUUGCAAAUAUUGAAAAUGCAAGAAAAUUUCAUUGAAUAUAUACCAGAAAAUGUAUUUAACUCUUUGGUCAAUUUACAUACAUUAAUUUUAUCAAAUAAUAGACUGACUAUUAUUGAAAGUUAUGCAUUUACUGGAUUGCAAGUACUAAGUGUACUUUCUAUAGAUAGCAAUCGUAUUUCAAAGAUACACCCACAUGCUCUACGUAACUGUACUUCUUUACAAGAUCUGCAUAUAAAUGGAAAUAGACUUGACGAAGUUCCCAUUGCUUUAAAAGAAAUUCCUCAAUUGAAAACUUUAGAUUUAGGAGAAAACUUAAUUGUCAGCAUUGAAAAUGCAUCAUUUACAGCAAUGCAACAAAUGUACGGUCUAAGAUUAACAGAAAAUAACAUUGGUAAUAUCAGUAAAGGAGUGUUUGAUAAAAUGACUUCGUUAAAAAUCCUGAAUUUGUCGAGAAAUAAAAUUCAUAAAAUAGAAUCUGGUGCAUUUGAUUCUAAUAUCAAUUUACAAGCUAUAAGGUUAGAUGGAAAUUAUCUAACAGACAUCGGAGGUUUAUUUGCUAAGUUGCCUAACUUGGUGUGGUUAAACAUAUCAGAUAAUCGAUUAGGAUGGUUUGACUAUGCUAUGAUUCCAACUGGAUUGCAGUGGCUGGAUAUUCACGCUAACAGGAUAGCUGAACUUGGGAAUUACUUUGAAAUUGAAUCACAACUAUCGCUUAGUACAUUUGAUGCUAGUUCUAAUAAGUUAACAGAAAUAACAGGCAGUGCUAUACCAAAUUCUGUAGAAAUGUUAUAUUUAAAUGACAAUUUAAUUUCAAAAGUUCAAUCGUACACAUUCUUCAAGAAACCAAAUUUAACACGAGUGGACUUGUAUGGAAAUAAAAUAACAAGUCUAGAUCCAAAUUCCCUGAGAAUAUCUGCAGUACCACAGGACAAAACAGUGCCAGAGUUUUUCAUAGGUGGAAAUCCAUUAGAAUGCGAUUGCACAAUGGAAUGGUUACAAAAAAUUAAUACGGGAAAUAGAGCCAGAACACAACCAAAGCUAAUGGAUUUAGACAGUAUAAACUGCAAAUUACUUUACAACCGUGGUAAUGCAUAUGUUGCUUUAGUAGAAGCUGCACCACAUCAGUUUUUAUGUAAAUAUGAAUUCCACUGUUUUGCGUUAUGCCACUGUUGUGAUUUUGAUGCGUGUGAUUGCGAAAUGACAUGUCCAAAUAAUUGCACAUGUUACCAUGAUCAAUCUUGGUCGGCUAAUGUUGUGGAAUGCUCCAACGCCGAUUAUGUGAAUGUCUUACCAGAAAGAAUACCAAUGGAAGCUACGCAAUUAUACCUUGAUGGUAAUGACAUCAGAAUGCUUCCAAGCCACGCAUUCAUAGGCAGAAAAAGACUGAAGAUUUUAUACUUAAAUUCAUCGAAUAUAGAAACAAUUCACAAUAGAACAUUUAAUGGAUUAAAAGAACUUGAAGUACUUCAUUUAGAUUAUAAUAGUAUUGAACAGAUUGAAGGACAAGAAUUUAAUGGACUAGAUAACUUACGUGAACUCUAUGUAAAUAAUAAUAAAAUUAAAUAUAUUGGCAAGGAAAUGUUUAAUCACAUGUCACGUCUCAAAACUUUACAUCUUCAUCACAAUAGACUAGUUAUGUUGUCAGUGUGGCAAAUCAACAAUGCUAUAACUGAAAUAACGUUAUCUUAUAAUCCGUGGUCAUGUGACUGUGAAUUUACAGAAAUGUUUCGAGAGUGGACAAAACGGGUCAGUUCUGUAACAGACCUAUCAAAUCUUAGAUGCAUAUACGCUAAAAGUAACAGCUCAGACAUUGCUGUAUACAAUGAUAGUAUGUUUAGUGAUCCAAUAUCAGGCUUCAAUAUUGUCAAUGAAAAUGGCACUAUAUGCACUGGUCUCCCAAAUAUAAAUAACAGUAUCAAUGGUAAUUUGACUGCAACUAAAACUAUAAUAAGGAAUGAAGAAGUACAAGAUUAUAUACCUCUACUUGUCGCAACCCUAGGAGCGUUCUUAUUGGUAUCAUUUAUAAGUAUGAUUAUAUUCAUAUUCAGGCAAGAAAUGAGAGUGUGGUUUCAUUCGAAAUUUGGUGUAAGACUAUUUUAUAGACAGAGUGACAUAGACUUAGAUGGCCGUGAAAAAAUGUUCGAUGCAUUCGUCAGUUACAGUUCUAAAGAUGAGGCAUGGGUUGCCGAGAAACUUGUUCCUAUAUUGGAGCGCGGUGACCCUUCAUAUAAACUAUGCUUACACUAUCGCGAUUUCCCCGUGGGUGGCUACGGUGCAGAGAACAUAAUGCAAGCCGUAGAAUCUUCACGUCGUACAAUAAUGGUUCUCAGUGAAAACUUCCUCAGAUCCGAAUGGUGUCAUUGUGAGUUUAAAUCUGCUCAUCAUCAAGUGUUAAGAGAUAGACGAAGAAGACUGAUAGUUGUAUUGUUAGGUGACGUGCCUCAGAAGGAUCUCGAUCCAGAUAUAAGACUAUACUUAAAAACUAAUACGUAUUUACAUACGAGUGAUAAGUGGUUUUGGGAAAAGCUGAGGUUUGCUCUACCGGACGUGUCUGGGAAUCAGCGUUGUCGUGAUGUACCAAGUCCAGUGUCUGGUGGUGGCGUAGCCAUGCACAGACACCAUCAUCCAAGAAACCAUCUGGGUGCGCUACCACCACCUCCCGUGCACGGUGCUCACCCUGUUUUACCUCCGCAUCCCUCCCACACGUCACACCAAGUACCUCCUCGUGCAUCCCCUCGUACAAUGUCCGUCCACGUAUAAACUUAAAAACAAAUAAAUACGAAGUGAAUAUUCCAAAAAGUGACUCAGUGAAGUGAAAUACCAAAUUCUACUGAAAGUGUCUGUUCCGUGAAAAAUUGUGAUGGCUAGUCUCAUAACGUAUGUAUUGUAUAUAAACAAUUAUUUGUAAAGUUAUUGUAAAUAUUUAUACAUAAGGAAGCUCAUCUUAACUAAUUUCAUAAAAUAUUAUAAUCAUUAAAAUUGUAACUUAAAAGCAUGUUCUAUGAUUGAAAUUUAGUAGACAUAAUUUGUUUUGGGCCUAUACAAGUCUGUUUUAUAGGCAAGAUAUGCCUCAUUUAAUUUUACGGCAAUGUUGCCACUAUCUGUGAUAAAACUAGUACUAGUAAGCAUUGUGUAAUUUCCCAUCAAUGUAUAUUUUGUAUUUUAGUUAUAAGAGAAAGACGAUAUUUAUUGUAAAGAUCUUGAAAAGCUGACUGUGGCAAAAGUGAUACUCGAAAAAAUAAAAAAUU